AGUUAUAAAUCUAAAUCUGUUUUUUGUGCAGGUACUGGUUCAGGUUUUUUGGUUCUAUCUGGUUUCAUUUGGAUUAUAUACUGGGCAAUUCAGAAAAGACGUAAACUUAGAGAAAAAUUCUUCCAACAAAAUGGAGGUAUGCUAUUACAGCAACAAAUUGUUUCAAAUAAAGGGGACAAAGAUAUUGCCAAGAUUUUCUCCAUAAAAGCACUAAAGAAGGCAACCAAUAACUUCCAUGAGAGUCAAAUUAUUGGUCAAGGUGGGUUUGGUACAGUUUAUAAGGGUAUCUUAUCAAGUGGCAAAGUUGUUGCCAUUAAGAAAUCCAAAAUUGUGGACAAAGGCCAGAUUUUACAGUUUAUAAAUGAGGUUGAUAUUCUCUCUCAAAUCAAUCACAGACACGUGGUGAAGCUCUUGGGUUGUUGCUUAGAGAUAGAGGUUCCAUUGUUGGUUUAUGAGUUCAUCUCAAAUGGGACCCUCUUCCAACAUAUUCAUAAUGAGAAUCAAACACUUUCUCUUUCAUGGGAAAAUCGUUUAAGAAUUGCUGCAGAAACGGCCGAUGCUCUAGCCUAUUUGCACUCUUCUCAUUCGGUACCCAUCUUUCAUAGGGAUGUCAAGUCUUCUAAUAUACUAUUGGAUGAUAAUUUCAAGGCUAAAGUAUCUGAUUUUGGAGCUUCAAGAUUGGUUCCUAUGGAUGAAACUCAAAAGAUGACAGUAAUUCAAGGGACUCAUGGGUACUUAGACCCAGAAUGUCUUCCUACAGGUCAACUAACUGAUAAAAGUGAUGUUUAUAGUUUUGGAGUUGUUCUAGUGGAGCUUUUGACAGGGAAAAUGCCGCUAAUAAGGGAAGAAUCCGGGGAAUGUAUAGGCCUAGCAGCGUAUUUUUUAUCUGCGAUGAAAGAUGACAAUCUUUUUCGUAUUCUUGACGAUCGAAUAAUAAGCCAUGGAAAGAGAGAACAAUUAUUGGUAGUUGCUGAACUUGCAAGAGACUGCCUAAAGAAUAAGAGGGAAGAUAGACCAACAAUGAAGGAAGUUGCAAAGGAGCUUGAUUCUUUGAAGAUGUAUUAUGAGAAACCAUCAUUACCACAUAAUCAGGAGACUCAACCUUUUCUAGGUGAACCAUGGACAAGUUCUACUGAUGCAACUUUUGAAAUAGAGAAUGGUUAUAGCUUCACUGAUGAUGAUCGAUCUUUCUAUACAUAAAAAG